AUGUCGUAUAACUACGAAAGCUGCGCUGCUAUCGUACCUCCUGAAACUGGCCAGGAGACGGCACCCACGUUUAAUAAGACUAGAAGGAUUAGAGCGUUAAUCGCGUAUUGGAUUCUUGGGUUGUGCAACAAUUAUGGAUAUGUUGUCAUGUUGACAGCAGCUAACGAAAUAACAAAUAAUUCUCGAGACUGCACAUAUUUAUCAACAGGUGCCAUAUUAUUGGCCGAUAUUUUGCCUGGUUUGAUUAUUAAAGUAAUUGCUCCUUUUUUGCCUUUCUUUGUACACAUAAGAGUAGGGCUAUGCGUUGUCCUUGCCUCUGCAGGAUUUUUGUGUGUUGCUUACAGCGAAACCUUGGUUAUCGCAUUAUUAGGUGUAGUUAUGACCUCAUUGGCAUCGGGGUUGGGAGAAGUCACCUAUAUGCAGUAUAGUAGUUUUUAUGAUAAAAAUGUAAUAUCGACAUGGAGUUCUGGAACAGGUGGUGCAGGAGUAGUUGGAGCUGCUACGUAUGCCAUUCUUGCUCAAGUCAAUUUAGAAAUGAGGACGAUUUUACAGAUACUUCUAGUAGUUCCUAUCGCCAUGGGUUUAGCGUUUUGGUUUUUGCUUCCAUCUCCUUCCCAAGAGGACAUUGCACAUGCAUUAGAAAUUCAGAAUCUUGUCAACAGCGAUGAGCUAAAGAACCCAAAGAAAGCUUUUAUAAAGAAACUGAAAUUAAUUCCUGGACUGCUGAAGUAUAUUAUACCGUUUUCAUUAGUAUACGUUUUUGAGUAUUUUAUUAAUCAAGGAACUUUUGAGUUAAUCAGGAUUAAAAACUCGAGCAUAUCAAAUGACGCUCAAUACAGAUGGUUUCAAGUUACUUACCAAAUUGGAGUGUUCUUUUCCAGAUCUUCUGUUAACUUGUUCCAUAUUAAACAAACAUGGUGGAUGACACUGUUCCAGGGCAUCAACGUUGUGAUAUUUACCACAGAAGCAAUAUAUUACUAUAUCCCCAACUUCUAUAUAGUUGUAGCUCUAGUUUUAUGGGAAGGACUAUUGGGAGGCUCUUCUUAUGUUAACACCUUUUACAGAAUUUCAACCGAAGUCUCUGAAGAAAACAAGCAGUUCUCCAUGGCUAUUACAACUUUUGGGGAUAGUAUAGGAAUUACGUUGGCUGGAUUUUUGGCAAUUUUCGCACAUAACAAAAUAUGUGCACUACCUCUUCCUAAAUAAGAGUAUUAUUUUACACGUUUUUUCACGUAAAAGUUUUAUAAAUAUACAAAUUUUAUAAAUAUAUUUUGUUGAU